AUGAGCAUCUUCCUCAACGGAAGUCAUCUCUCGUCACCGGAAAAACCACAAUUCUCUUCUGCCGCCACGUUGACCUCUUCACCAGGUCCAGUGACGAAUUUCUCUACGCCAAGUGCUUUCAAGACUCGUCAAGCGUCCGAGGAUCAAUCGGAGAAAAAGAGCGCCUACAGUAUUUCAAACAUUCUUGACAAGAAGGAGAAUAGCCCAACGGCGAGCUCGACAUCCGCUUCCGAAGCUCCACCUGCCUCAGUGUUCCCACAUUUUUUGUUUCCUGGCUCCGCAUUUCCCUCUCCAUCUACAGUCUCCGAAAUCUCUUCACCGUUGGUUAUGCACAACUCUAUCGAUAUAUCUCCUGCGCAAAUCCAGCAAGCCUACCUCUCGUUCCUAGUCGGGCAACAAUUGAACUCCGCAGCAGCAGCUGCGGCAGUGACGAAUCCGUUACGUAUCCUAGCACAAGACCAAGCCCGAGCUGCAGCCGCACUAAACCCAUUCGGAAUGCUACCAUUGCCGUCGCAGACUCCGCUACGAAUGCCAGUUGAACUUUCUUCGAAUCCAUUAGCAUUACAUAAGAAGCAAAGCCGACCAACGUUUACUGGGCAUCAAAUUUUCAUGUUGGAGAAGAAAUUCGAGCAAACCAAGUAUCUCGCGGGAUCGGACCGAGCUCAGCUGGCACAGGAAUUGAGCAUGAGCGAAAGUCAAGUGAAGGUAUGGUUCCAGAACAGACGUACGAAAUGGCGCAAAAAGGAAGCUGCUGACAAUGCCUUGGGGAAACGUCAAGAAGACCUCAAAUCGCCCGAUCCUGUAACACAGCGAUCUAGUAAGACUUACACUGCUCCAUUGAGAUCACAUGUUUCAUUUGAGGAGACUCGCUGGAAAGGCUCCAAGGCAAGGGAAUUAGGCGAUGGCUACAAGCUGAUCUACCACGGCACAUCAAAUCGCAAUGGCGUUGGUAUCAUAUUGAACGAGUCGUUUAGAAAUAGCGUCACAGCGGUGGAUCGACUAUCGGAUCGCUUGAUGGCUGUAAAAGUAGAUAUAGAAAAAGUGGAAUUGCGAGUCGUCUCUGCUUAUGCGCCACAGGCGGGCUGUAGUGAAGAAGAGAAGGCAAGCUUUUGGGAGGAUCUGGAGCAGUACGUCCAAUCCCUGGAAAGCGAAGAAAUACUUUUAAUCGGAGGAGACUUCAACGGACAUGUCGGUUCUCGGAAAGACGGAUUCGAGAGUUGUCAUGGUGGAUACGGCUAUGGAGCUCGUAACAACGACGGGUUGCGAAUCCUGGAGUAUGCUGUUGCAAGUGAUUUGAUCAUUGCUAACACGCAGUAUCGAAAAAGAAAAUCGCAUUUGAUCACGUACACCAGCGGCGGUCGUGAGACACAAAUAGAUUUCUGGAUGUUACCAUGUCGCUGCCCAACACCAUCUGCUCGUUAUGGACUUGAAAAUCUCCCGCCCAGGGAAGAGACAUCCAAGGACUGA